GACGCCCGGGCGGCUCCUCCUUGUCGCGAACUCUGGGCGACCUGGGAUGCGCGGCCCUCCAGGCCCUGGGGCGGGGAAAUGGGAUCCGAAGCCCUGCCUCCUGCGAGGGCCGUUUUGAGGUCCAGGGCUGGAACCCGCGGGGUGCCUGGAGUGCCCGGCGGCUUUCGUGGUCUCCCUCCGGGUUGAGGGAGAAGGGACUUUCAGGGGUGUCGUCCUGAUACAGGCCUUGUAGGGGAAGCUCUCGUUUUUGUAUUUUCAAAACUUCACAGUGUCGUGAAGUGGUUGCAAAACUUCUGUUGACCCUAGCACCAGAGAGGGGAGGGAGCCUUUGAUGUAAUUAGCUUCCUGCAGCCCGCCUUGCCCUGGUCUUAUGGGGUUGCCUACAGGCGGGCCCCACUCUGUUCACAUUCUCUUUAGACAAUGGAAACGAGAUCCUGAGCCUUGAGGAUUCAUACUUGUGAUUUCUAUUGUUUGCCCAAACCCACCCCAACCCUGUAGGUAAUGGUACUAGCUCUCAGCUUUGGUGUCUGUCCAGGUGAGAUCUUUGCCAACUGUGGAGUCCUUCAACUCUCCAGUUAGCACAUUUUGUAGAGAUGAAAAGGAACUGUAAGCAUCGUUGCCUGUGUGAUGGUGGUGGUGUAUCUCAAGAGCCCUCCCUGCCUGGGCAGAGGUGAUUAGCAUGCAGAUCCUCAUGCUCUGACCUGCUGCCCCUCCAUUGACAUGGCCCACCGGGGUGGGGAAAGGGACUUCCAGACUUCAGCUCGGCGCAUGGGCACCUCCCUGCUCUUCCAGCUGUCAGUGCAUGAACGGGAGCUGGACCUGGUUUUUCUGGAUCAUAGCUAUGCCAAGCCAUGGAGCGCCCAUCCAGAUGCCAGUAGCGCCCGCCCCACCCGCAUGCUCUUUGUUACUCCCCGUCGGCAGCAAGAGAAUACCAUUGAAUCAGAUGUCCCAAUAGAUGUGGAGACCGUCACAUCAACUCCUGUACCACUCUAUGACAAUCAGAAGGCACGCAGUGUGAUGAACGAGUGUGAACGGCAUGUCAUCUUUGCCAGGACUGAUGCGGAUGCCCCGCCUCCGCCAGAGGACUGGGAAGAGCAUGUCAACAGGACUGGCUGGACAAUGGCCCAGAACAAGCUAUUCAACAAGAUCCUCAAAGCCCUGCAGUCUGACCGGCUUGCCCGCUUGGCCAAUGAAGGGGCUUGUAAUGAGCCAGUGCUGCGUCGUGUUGCCGUGGACAAGUGUGCAAGGAGGGUGCGGCAGGCGCUGGCAAGUGUGAGCUGGGACACCAAGCUGACCCAGUGGCUGCACACCACCCUCGUGGAGACCCUGAGUCUGCCCAUGCUGGCUGCCUACCUGGAUGCUCUGCAGACGCUGAAAGGGAAGAUCCCGACCUUGAUUGACCGGAUGCUCGUGUCCUCCAACACAAAGACUGGGGCUGCAGGUGCAGAGGCCUUGUCUCUCCUCCUAAAGAGGCCGUGGGACCCUGCUGUGGGUGUCCUUUCUCAUAACAAACCAAGCAAACUCCCGGGCUCCCCUCUGAUUCUCAUCGCCUCCUCAGGCCCCUCCAGCUCUGUGUUUCCCACCUCACGCCGCCACCGCUUCUGGCAGUCUCAGCUCUCCUGCUUAGGCAAGGUCAUCCCUGUGGCCACCCAUCUGCUGAACAGCGGCAUCGGGGUGGGUGUUCUGCAAUGUCUGGAGCACAUGAUCGGGGCAGUGAGGAGCAAAGUGCUGGAGAUUCACAGCCACUUCCCACACAAACCCGUUAUCUUGAUUGGCUGGAACACAGGAGCUUUGGUGGCCUGUCAUGUAUCGGUGAUGGACUAUGUCACGGCUGUCGUCUGCCUUGGGUUUCCUCUCCUUACAGUGGAUGGCCCUCGAGGGGAUGUGGAUGAUCCCCUCUUGGACAUGAAGACUCCAGUCCUCUUUGUCAUUGGUCAGAACUCCCUGCAGUGUCAUCCUGAAGCCAUGGAGGACUUCCGGGAAAAGCUUCGAGCAGAGAACAGCUUGGUGGUAGUUGGGGGAGCCGACGAUAACCUCAGAAUAAGCAAAGCAAAAAAGAAAUCAGAAGGGUUAACUCAAAGCAUGGUGGACAGAUGUAUUCAGGACGAAAUUGUGGACUUCCUGACUGGAGUGCUCACUCGAACCGAAGGCCACGUGGGUUCGGAUCCUCGGGACCAGGAUGCUGAAAAGAAGAAGAAGCCCCGUGAUGUAUCCCGAAGAGACCUGGCCUUUGAGGUCCCCGAGCGGGGCAGUCGGCCUGCUUCCCCUGCCACCAAGCUGCCCGCCUCACCCUCGGGCUCAGAGGAUCUCUCCAGUGUGUCCAGCAGCCCCACCUCCAGUCCCAAGACCAAAGUGACCACAGUGACCUCAGCCCAGAAGUCCAGUCAGAUUGGAAGCUCUCAGCUGCUAAAGAGACAUAUGCAGCGGACAGAAGCUGUGCUGACUCACAAACAAGCCCAAGCACAGUUCGCUGCUUUUCUGAAACAAAACAUGCUGGUGAGGAAAGCUCUUCCUCCUGGCACCUCCUGUCUCGUUGUUCCCAUUUCUUCAGAGCCAGCGGAAGAGGUGGAGAAGGAGGAGCUAAGGGUCCAGCUGAAGCGGCACCACCCCUCCAGCCCUCUUCACAGCAGCAAGGCCUCCAAGCGGCCCAAGAUCAAAGUGUCCCUCAUCUCACAAGGGGAUGUGGCCGGAGGGGCUCCAGAAGCUGCGGGAGGGAAGCCCAUCACCAUGACGCUUGGGCAGGCAUCCUCGGGGACCAGGGAGCUCACCGGGCUUCUCACCACAGCCAAGUCGAAUGCUUCUGAAGGAGGAGUCACGGCUAGCCCCACCCCUGCAGGGGUCUCCAGCAGCACCUCGCCCAGUGCCCUGCACACACUCCAGAGCCGCUUGGUGGCCACAUCUCCUGGCAGCUCCCUCCCAGGGGCCGCUUCAGCUAGCAGCCUCCUCCAAGGCCUCAGCUUCAGCCUGCAGGAUAUCAGCGGCAAGAGUUCCGGCCUCCCCACAACCCCCUCCUCAGGGCUGGCUGCACAGGCCACCAGUGUGAAGCUGCCCACCCCCAUGCAGAACCUGAGUGCCAUCAGCACGGGUGCCAGCACCCUUGUCCGUACCAUUCCAGUGGCCACCACUCUCUCCUCCUUGGGCACCACCCCUGGUGGGAAGCCCACGGCCAUCCACCAGCUGCUGACCAAUGGGGGCCUUGCUAAGUUGGCAAGCAGCCUCCCUAGCCUGGCUCAGAUCUCUAACCAAGCCUCAGGCCUGAAGGUCCCAACCACCAUAACUCUGACUCUUCGUGGCCAGCCGAGCAGGAUCACCACCUUGAGUCCCAUGGGUUCAGGGGCUGCGGGGCCCGAAGAGCCCAUGUCCCAGACGCUGGCCUCCAGCUCACAGCGCCUGCCUCCUGCACCCUGAAGAUGCCAUGAGGUGUGUCCUCCUUACCAGGUGGUGAUGGCUGCUUCACAGUGGCUGUGGGCACGUGUGCAUCCUGCUGAGCUGUUGGAGUGUCUGAAGACUUCUUUAUAGCAGUCGUUUUGCCUCUCUGCCAGCUGUCUUCAGGGUCAGGCCUCUGGGUCUCAAGCUACCAUGUGGCAGUGACAUGGCACCGGCAAGGGGGCAAGGAAAGCAGUACCCUCCAGCAUCUGCACUCUGGUUCCUGGAACACCCACCCUCCUCUUGGAUCCAGCAUCAUGUACCAGAAGGCACUUCUUCCUCGCGAUGAUGUGGUUGACCUGAGUGCUUUUGGACUGCUCAUGAUAUCUAAUAAAGGACCCUCCUUUCUGCAGUCUGUCCUCCCUGUUCCCACCUGGAGGAGAGGGUCACAUGGUCUGGGGCUGCAGAGGAUCGGGAUCAUCCUGGCCCACUGGCAGGUCAGAGAGCUGUUGUGGACAUCUCUGUUGCUUCAAGUAGCCAAGGACACUUUUUAAGAAACUGUACCAUGUACAGAGUAGCCUGCUAGGAGUGCCCAUAUGGAGGCAAAGAAAACUGACACAUCCUCUCUCUGCCCCUUGGCCACUCUAGGAUGUGGGAAGCAGUGGUCCCCACGAGGUGAGAGCUGGCCCCUUCCUCUUUUCAUCAUGCUUUGGGCAGUUCCUGUACCUGGAGAGUCUGCAGGUCCAGAGGGGCUGAAGAGGAGGCAUGAAGUGCCCUGUGGCACAGACAGUUUGAGCUUGGGGCUGUGCAUCUGGCCCCUGAGGACCUGGUGAUUAGCUAGAGAUGAAAAACAGAAUUUGCCAAGUCAGGGAAACCCCAACCUCUGACAGCCCUGUCUCCAGAGCAGGGUUAGGCGGGGCCAGCAGCUAAGGUAAUAUCUUGGCCCAGAAGCUUGGGCCAUCAAGACAACCUUGGUCCUGGAGAACCUGAGCCUCAGGACGAUGAAGACCGAGCUCCAGUGUUUCUGUUCACACUUCUCACUUCCUGCCUGGAGGUGGGGAGAUUUAUGGUGGCUGUUCUACUCUUGGUGCCAGCCUGAGCCUUUCGGGCCGUGGUCCUAGUGAAAGGCUCCCUGGGGAUGGAGUGCUGAGGCCCUCCUGACCUCCUCACAGGGCGUGUGUGCAAUGUGUUAUGGGAUUUGGAUCCACACCUGUGCUCCAGAUCGGGCUCCCUUCCCUUCCAUACUUAGAAUGUUUCCAGUCAGGGAAUGAGGCACCUUGACUGUGACUGUUCAGUCCAGGGUCCCGACCCCCAGUGUGGUGUUCAUCCAGACCAGGCCAGCUGUCAGUCCCACCAGAAGGAGCACACUGUGCUUGGUAGUCACAGACAAGGCAGUUUGGGGGGUGUAUGUGGUGGGAGUGGAGAGGGUUCCCUAAACCCCCGGCCCUCUCCCUCAUCUCCUGCUCUGAUUCACACAGAAUUAGGCUGUAUUUUUGCAUUAGCUGGUAGGUUAUUUCAGAAGGCAUCUAGGAAGAUAUGAAAUUUAAGGAAGAUAUGAAAUCUGAAAGGCAUCCAGGGCUGGGCAUUGACAGCUUUAUAGGUAGAAUCAAAACACAGCAAAAGAGCAGUAAGAUGAGGCUCUGUGAAGCCCAGAGGACAGACGGAGGGCCCUGAACACGCUCACAACUGAGCAGCACAGCCUGGACCACCCCAGUGCUGCUCUUGAAGGACACUGGCCUGGGUGUACUGGGACCAGAGAGCCUCACCAGUCAACCUGCCUUUGUGCUGUCUUCCAUGUGCUCUUUGGGUGACUGCUGACUUUAAAACUGGAGAGUGGGCUCAACACUGAUCUUCGCUGAAGCAGAGCCAGCCUGUGGCGGAAGAGGUUGAAGUCUAUAGUGUCACCUUCCCCAGGCCCCCUCCCAAGCCAUACUUCCCACAGUGUCUGCCUGUCUCACAGCAGGCUUGGAGGCCACGACCUCAGAAGGUCUUGGCGAAAAACGUAGAAGGAUCAAGAAGGCUUUAAAUUCUUGGACAACAGAGGCAUGUUGCUGCCCUGUAGAUACCUUUGGGCUUCAGAGGAGGUCACUGCAAGGCCAAAGACCUGCCCUCAAGUGGUUCACCACCAGAACAGUCUUGGCUGGAGCUGACCUGCUGUGUUCUUACUUAGCAGAAACAAUUAAAAACACCAAAACCAA